AUGUCUCUCAGGCUCACGAGCACGCCGAUCGUGCUGAACUACUAUACGCACGGGGCGACUUUGAGGCGCAGCAGAAGAACAUCUUCACGCGGCCGAAUCGUACCUUCAGCGAUUGAUGCAUGCGAGGAUCCCUCGGUCAAGCACAGUCUUCGACUGAUGCAUGAAGACCACUUGAAGCUUAGCCGUGACGCCCAACGUGCCAAGCAGGAGCGUACUCGACAGCAACAGCAGCAGCAAGCCCACCAGCACCAAACUUCUAACCGUAGUAGCGAGCUUGAAGCCACAAUCACGAUCGACCAGGCUCCUCGGAGGAUGGGUGACUCAACCUCCUCUGUGGAACAUACGAUCGAGGAUAGCUAUAUGAUGUUAGGCGGCAGGCCCGGCGAGCACAACGAGGCAUUCGACCAGUUUUGGAAAAACCUCGAAGGAAUGCUCGAAAAUCUCUCCCAGCCAGCUGCGUUCGCCACUGCUCCCUUGGCCGGGACAUCGCCCGUAUCUCGCGAUAAGGAUGCUGUCGGCGAUGAUGAUGAUGAGGGGACGAAAGCGACGCAUCGUCCAACGAUUCGUUCUGCAUUAUCGAUGGAGGAUGAUCCCUUUGCUCCUCAGACACCCAAAAGCGCCAGUUUUGGAUCAAGCGCCAACAGUUCACCAUCUGCUAGCAAGAGAUACAAGAAAACAAGCGUUCCCGACCCAUCCAAGGCUCGCUCAGCAUACCCGCCUCCCCCGCGUAUCCAGCAGCUCGAAACAGAGAAUGCGGCACUCAAGUCCGAACUGGAAAGGGCGGUUAUGCGGGCAAACACGGCCGAACGGACGCUCAGGCAACGUGCGGGACAGGAACUUGCACUGAGGGAGAGUAUAUUAAGCGUUAGACGAGAGGCCCAGCGAGCCAUGUCGGCAACCACAGCAGCUCUCCGAACCCCGAGCUUUGCAGGUCCUCCACCCUCCCGUGCUCAGACGUUUAUUGCAUCCCAGAACCUCACGGCCCCUGUUUCGCCCGCUGUCCCAGCACCAGCGGUUGUCCCAGCUCCUGUCCCUCCUGUUCCCGUUCCGGCAGUCAAGUUGCCCGAUGUGUCGUCUCCCCGAAUCGCCGAACUAGAGGAAGAAGUUCGGCAGCUGAAAGUGGAGAAUGAGAAACUAAAAGCACAAACGACCAAAUACCGAGAACGUUGGGAAAAAAUCAAAGAAUCGGCCAAACGUAAGCGCGCUGCCAAGGGUCAAUUGGAGACAUCGAGCACGGCCAACGUCACAAUUCCCGAAGAACAAGAACCCGAGGGUGAACAGCCGGACGGGGGGCAAGAGACCCCGGCCACACCCGUGGCGGCGGGAUCGGGUCUGAAUUCGCACAGCAUACUGCGUUCGCCGGAAAGCAUCGUCGCGUCUCACUGA